UUUUCCGACGCGUACGCCGUUUCUCGUCGCGUUCCCGAAAAAACGAAAAAAGUCGCGGUCCUGCCGCGGAAAAGGGCCGUCGGAGGGAAAGAGGUCGCGCAGGCGCCCCUAUCCUAGCGCCGGCGGCAAGUGCCUGAAGGCGAAAAUGCACCAUGGCAUGGGAGUGUCAGCGGAAGAUCCUCGCUGUGUCGAUAAUACGGUGAUGCAGCAGCCCAGAAACGGGCUCUGCUACAAGAUCCAAAAUUACGCGUCCGAUCUUGGACAGUGGAAAGUAUGGAGAGCGAUAAUAAUAGGACAAAUCUUAUCCGUGGCAUUGUGUUUGAUGACCCUGGCUAGUCACUACAUCAACACCACGUAUCAACUAGCACUUCCGACCGCACAAAAUUUUCCACAUUACGUUAUGAUGUGCCUUGUAUACACAACCUGGAUGUCCUGCAGAGGGAAAGAUUUAAUUUCCGUGUUAAGAGCCCGUGGAUUGAGGUACUUAUUGUUGGCACUCAUUGACGUCGAAGCAUGCACACUUGUAACAUCCUCGCAUCAAUUCACCAGCCUAGCUAGCAUACAGCUGCUCGACUGUGUUUCUAUACCAGUCGCACUGGUGUUGUCAUGUUUAAUUCUUAGGGUAAGGUACCGAAUGGUGCACAUCAUCGGCAUUUCCGUUUGCCUGAUGGGAGUGGGUUGCCUGGUAUGGGCGGGAAUCGAUGACAAUAAGGAUGCUGCUUCAACAGGUGUAAAUCAUCUUGUUGGGGAUAUGCUGUGCCUCGGUGGAGCGGUAUUAUUUUCGAUAACAACUGUCCUUCAGGAGUUGGUUCUUAAAACUGUCGACGUGAUCGAAUAUCUCGGCAUGAUCGGCUUCUAUGGCACGAUAUUGAGCUCCAUGCAGACGGCCGUGCUGGAAAGCCUCAAGCUAGACUUUUUUCAGUGGUACAAUGCACCGGUGGUUAUAUUCCUGGAAGUCUACUGCCUCGCCCAAUUCGCGUUCUUUUCUAUAGUACCAGUAGUGUUAGCCGAGACGGGCGCGACGUCGCUACACCUGACAUUGCUCACCGCUAAUUAUUUCAAUGUCCUCUGCGGCAUGUUGCUCCACCAAUAUAAGUUUCACAUAUUGUAUUUCGUCUCGUACACGUUGAUAAUGACUGGCAUAUACAUAUACGCGAUAAAGAAAACGUCGAUACCGCCGAAUCUUCGAAGGCAAAACAUUGAACCCCCAGCACCGGAUUACAGUAACAUCAUAUUAAGUCAAAUGAAUCAUCCCGACGUCGGUGAUGUAGAGAUGCCGGGGAAUUCAGGGAUAUCCGGCGUUAGCGGCAUCUUGGACGUCAGGGUGUCUACCCUUGACACCGAAGGGGAAACGAUGGACUUGACGAGCGUGCCACCGAGCGUCAGUUCUGAAACGGCUUUCACUUCCUUUUACGGAAGUUAUUACGGCUGGAAUCCCACGCUAAACGUACAGAGCGAUCGGGACUCGUAAACGUGCCGGUGAUCGGCUACAGUUGAAGUUUUACACGAGAUUUUACACUGAAGAUUGUGCGACAACAUUCCAUUUAUACGACGUUACGAGACAACCAUGUAUAAAUAAAGCAUUUCCAUCGAUUAAAUUCUUAACGCGCGUUAAGACGCGUCACAGUUAAUCAAAAACACUUUUAUAAACACUUAACCGUUCCAACAUCGAUUUGUAUAGUAUAAACGUGAUCUUCGUUGGUGAUUUAUAAAUAUUUAUCGAGAUACAACUGUUUUAUAUCCUCGUUGCUCAAAAUAGUUUUUACGUUGCAAGAACAUUGCAACUGAUUGUUACUGAAUUCGAAUGACGAGCGUUGAAUCGUUUCACGUUGUUAUAUAAUAAUUGCGAAUCGAAUGUUAUUUGUUUAUGAUCAUUUGAAUUGUUUUCGGUCACGGGUACAUAUGUUACGCUACGUUCGUAUUGCAUC